UUCUGGCACAGCCUGGUUUUCUGGUUCGGGGACCUCAACUUCCGCAUCGCUGACCACGGCCUACACUUCAUCCGGGAGAGCAUCAGCAAGAAAUGUUACCACCUUCUGUGGGAGAAGGACCAGCUGAACCGAGCCAAGAAGACGGAGCCAAUGCUGAAUGGAUUCCGGGAGGGAGAGCUGCUGUUCAAACCCACCUACAAAUUCAACCUUGCCUCCACCGAAUACGAUACAAGUGGGAAGAAACGGAAACCGGCCUGGACUGAUCGGAUCCUGUGGCGGCUGAAGAAAGGUGCUGAGGCUGGAGGGAGUGAGCCCCAAACUGCUCCCUCGAAGAAGCCCAUUGGGGUGAUUUUAAACACCUACGACAGCCAGAUGCAGUAUGGAGUCAGUGACCACAAGCCGGUGGUGGGCACGUUCUGCCUGGAGUUUGAGAAGCUAAUUACUCGACCCAUGGUGGAGCUGCAGCCUGUCGGAGAGUGGAAACCAGGACAUGAAGCCAUUAUCUCUUAUUGCAUGCUGGAUGAGUAUCCCAGCAGCACCUGGGACUGGAUUGGCCUAUUCAAGGUUGGGUUCCGUUCUCACGUGGACUACGUAACCUACCUCUGGGUAAAGGAUGAUGAGUUAAUGGUCAAUGACGAUGUUUACCAGGUAUAUCUGAACAGUGAGGAGAUACCCAGCUCAGGUGGAGAAUUCCUCCUCUGCUACUACAGCAGCAACAUGGAAAUCAUCGUCGGAGUCAGCUGUCCCUUCCAGAUCGUGCCGGAGUGUUUGGAGACCCAGCUGGAGAUUGGGAAUGGAAUGGACAUGUCAUGUGACAACCCAGCUCCUGGUCACAUGGACACAUACUGAGUGGCCACCGACUGGAUCAUGUGCCUUGUCUCUACUGCCCAUGGCAACGGCAGCGCCUCAUACCUCCCCCACACCCUCCUGAGCUCCCCUCCCCCUGUCCAGGGCUCCCCCUCCCAGCCCCAGAGUGAGUCCUCCUGGGCGGGAGGUGAUGUUGGAACCUGGUACACUCUGGGCCUGGCACACUGACCUUUCCAGCUCCUCUCUCAAUUCCCCAUCCCCCCCUCUUUUUUGAUAUAAAAAGUAAUGCAGUUUAACCAAUUGUGAUACACAUUUCCACAGGCUCGGAUAGUAGCUGGGCCCAUCCUGAACUGGCUGUGUUUGAGGGGAAGGGUUAAUGGUUGGGAAAAGUGGAUGUACUCUUGGAGAAACCCUUUGUAGACAAGCCACACUGGUUAGUUCCAACGUUCUGUCAUUCAUUCUCCAUCCUCACUGUCCUCUCACAGCAAUAUGAUGAUGUUUUGUCCAUUGAUAAUCCCAAUGACUGGACAUGGGAGGUUGGAGACAGGCUGUCACUGUGCUUUAUCUCUGAUUUCCCCCAUCAUCUCCUUCAUUAUCUCUCUCUGCAUGACUCUUUGUGUGUGUAUCUCUCUCUCUCUCUCUUUCACUUUGUGUGUGUGUGUCCACAUGUUGU